GAAGGGAACAGUUAGUAUUCUGCUAUGAAGAAUUAUGAUGACAGCAUAUAUUUUUUGGGUGAGUGGGGACGCUUCCAACAGAUCGUAUUCUUCCUACUUUGUGCCGGCAUUAUGCCACAUGGAUUUGGAUUCAUGUCUCUAGUCUUCUUGACGGCUAUUCCCAGUCACCACUGUCUGGUUCCUGAGGUUAACCUGUCUGAAAAGUGGUACAAUGCUAUCAUCCCAAUAGAGGUUGUGAAUGGUAACCAGGAGCUGAGCAGAUGCAGCAGGUACAGGUUGGAUGUCGUCAGAAAUCUCUCUGCUCUGGGAUUAAUACCUGGCGAGGAUGUCAACCUCUCUGACCUGGAGCAGGAAGCCUGUGUGGAUGGCUGGAGCUACAGUACAGACAUUUAUCAAUCCACCAUUGUCUCUGAGUUUGACCUGGUGUGCAGUGAUCAGUGGAAGCAGCCGUUCACCUCCACAGUCUUGUUAAUGGGAGUUCUUUUUGGAUCCUUCUUAUCAGGUCAGGUCUCAGACAGGUUUGGAAGAAAGCCUGUUUUAUUUACAAACAUGGCACUUCAGGCCACUUUUACCAUUGCUGAAACCUUUUCACCCUCUUGGACAGUGUUCUCUGUCUUCAUCUUCAUCACUGGUGUUGGACAUUGCUCCUACUAUUUAUCCUCUUUUGUGCUUGGUACUGAGAUCUUGACUGGGAAAGUGCGGCUCAUGUUCUCAUCUAUGGCUGUGUGUCUGGGCUUUGCUGUUGGCUACAUGCUGCUGCCUCUUGUUGCUUACUUUUUAAGGGACUGGAAAUCUCUCCUGCUGGGUGGCUCCUUGCCUUGCCUGCUCUACAUCCCCCUCUGGUGGUUCAUCCCAGAGUCUCCUCGUUGGUUGCUCUCUCAAGGAAGGGUGGAGGAGGCUGAGGCCAUAUUGCGAAAGGCAGCUAAGAUGAACAAAGUUGAGGCUCCACGGGUGAUCUUUGAAGAUCACAUUACACAUACUGAUGAAGCAGAGACACACCCUGAGGAACACUACAAUAUUUUCGAUCUCCUGAGGACAAAGAACAUCAGAAACAUAACUAUUAUUCUGUUCUUGAUUUGGAUCACAAUGAGUACUGGAUACUAUGGCCUGUCCCUGGACUCAUCCCAAAUGCAUGCAAACCCCUAUAUCAGUUCUUUCCUCUCAGCAGCUGUGGAGGUACCAGCAUACAUUUCCGCCUGGCUGGCACUACGAUACCUUCCAAGACGACUGUCUUUCAUCUGCAUCUUGCUGCUUGGAGGAGUGUCGCUGUUUUUAAUUCAGCUGGUGCCUCAAAGUUUGUCUGCUCUGUCUGUGGCUCUGGAGAUGCUGGGUAAAUUUGGUCUAACCGCUGGUUUUAGCAUAGUCUAUGUCUACACAGCAGAGAUUUACCCAACAGUGCUCAGGAACACAGCGGCAGGGACACUCUCUACUGUUGCCAGAGUGGCCACGUGCCUUGUACCUUUUGUGCUAAAGCUGAGUGUAUACUUUAAGUACCUGCCUAAAAUCACAAUGGGGACUCUGGCUGUUAUGUCUGCCUUUGCUGCUUUCUUCCUGCCAGAGAGUUUUGGACAACCUCUACCACAAACUAUUCAACAGAUGCACAAGAGAGGAAGUUUGGUUCCUAAAAGAAUUUAAAGCCCCUAUGUGUGGAUUUGACUCUGGCAAAACAACAACAACAAAAAACAACACAUACAGUUAUUAUUGAAACUUUUCACUCUUACAUGAAUUUAUAAAUUCAUAACAUAUCAGUGAUCAAAAAAUCAGCUCAGCUGUCACAGCGCAAAAUCACCAAGUUUAGUUUAAUCUCGGGUGCUUUACUAUACACUGUAUGUGUUACACAUUGUCAUGACAAUGUAAGAAUGUCCUUUCAAAUCUCAGCCCUGGUCUUUUCUCUGUGGAGAUUACUGUAUACAAUUGAAG